CCAGCCAGAGGAAUUUGUCUAGCAAGGGAGAUAAAAUUUCAUCAUGCGAAUGCUCCCAAUUUGCUUGGUUUUCUUGUGUCUCUUUUGUCUUUGUGGAUCAGAGAAUGCAGCAUCUAAUGAAGCAGAAAACCACUUUCAACAGGUUAAGCCUGCCCAGCCAGCUGAGCAAGACAGCUUCCUCAUAGAAGAAUGCUUGGGCAACCAAUACACCCACAAGUCCUGUAAGAAAGUUUUUUGUCACCCAUGGGAACGAUGUGUGGAGGGAAAAUGCCUUUGCAAGCUUCCCUACCAGUGCCCAAAGAAUGGCUCUGCAGUUUGUUCUACCAGUGGAAAGACCUUCCGUACUUACUGUCAGCUGAAGAGCUAUGAGUGUCAGCGACCCCAGGCAAAGUUUCUGCACAAGGGAACAUGCAAGCCUGAAGAAACAUUUUCAGUCUCUCUGGAUCAUGGAGAUUCAAGUUUGCUUCGAGUAAAACCCGUGAAUCGUAAGGAUGACAGUUUUGUAUGUGCUAGUGAAUGGACUAUGAAUGAAGCAAAUGUGGCUUGCAGGCACCUUGGCUUUGAAUUAGGUGCUGAAUAUUACCAAGCCUCUUCCAGCAUCAAAGAAUCUGCCCUAAAUUCAUUAAACUGUCUGCAAAUAAGUUGCAGGGGCCUAGAGACAAGUCUUGCUGAAUGUCACAUAGAGAUGAAAUCAAGAGAUAGUAAUGAGGGACUGGUUAGUCUGCAGUGCCAUGAAAAUCUCAGAGCUUGUUCAGAUGGGGAGUUUCACUGUGUCAACAAGAAGUGCAUUUCUCUGAAUAAAACCUGUGAUGGGAUCAAUGACUGCGGAGACCUGAGUGAUGAACUGUGCUGUAGAGAGUGCAGAGAAAACAGUUUCCACUGUCGGUCAAAUAUCUGUAUUUCGAAUAAGAGUGUCUGCAACAAAGAAAUUGACUGCCUCACAGGAGAGGAUGAAGCUGGAGCUACCUGUGCAGGCAAAAAAGAAGGUGCUGAAAAUGACAGUAUGGAUAAAGAAAGAAAAAUGAUAAAGACACUUCUUCCCCAAGUGCACUGUGGUGUUAGGAAUCAUACACUAACUCGACGGAAAAGAAUUGUAGGUGGAGAGAUUGCUGAAAAGGGUGAAUUUCCUUGGCAAGUGGCAAUUAAAGACACCAGCAAUGAAGGUUCAACAGUGUACUGUGGAGGGGUUUAUAUUGGUGGCUGUUGGGUUCUGACUGCUGCUCAUUGUGUCAGGGCAAAUCGGGUCCAUCUCUACCUUGUCUGGGUUGGAAUGUUGAACACAAUUGCAUACGACAAAGAGACAAAUACUUUCAAACUAAACCAAGUGAUAAUUCAUGAAAAUUACAAUGCAUCAACGUAUGAAAAUGACAUUGCUCUGCUGGAGCUGAAAGGUUCUGGGAAUGGAGAAUGCUCCCUGGAAGACAACAGCAUACCUGCCUGUGUCCCCUGGUCAGAGUACAUGUUUAAGACUGGUGACAGAUGCAAGGUUUCUGGAUGGGGACUAGAGAAAGGUUACACAAAACAAUUUAUCCUCAAGUGGGGAAACGUUAAUUUAUUUAACAAUUGUUCUGAAUUGUAUCCAGGACGAUUUUUUAAAAAAAUGGCAUGUGCAGGUACUUACGAUGGCUCCACAGACAGUUGUAAAGGUGAUUCAGGAGGCCCCCUGGUCUGCUUUGAUGCAGAAAACGUGGCCUAUGUCUGGGGCAUUGUGAGCUGGGGUGAGAACUGUGGGGAGGCUGGUCACCCGGGUGUGUACACACAAGUUGCCAGCUAUUAUGACUGGAUUAGCCACUAUGUGACAAGGGGUCUCAUUUCACGGUACAAUAUCUGAAGCUCAGAAAAUUAAAUGCUUCCUUCAUAUCACCUAUGCAAAAUAGUCCUUUUCCACAAUCAGCUGUUACAUAACGUAGUAACAAUCAGUACAAAUCUUCAAGGAAUGUAUUUUGAAAGUUCUUAACACCCUCUGAAUACCACAUUUUUUCAAAGCCUGUGGGAAGAGAAUUUUACAGGCACAAGUCCACUGCAAAGGUCUCUAAUAAAAGCAGAUAUUAAUUUUU